GUAAUACGAGAAAUGAAAGAAAGAAGUGAGUUGUGAUUUUAUAAGUAUACCUAUCAUGUCGUAUCGUUUAUGUGCAAGUCCUUUUCUUUCAUUCGUUAUUUGCAGUGUUUCACUUUGUAAGCAUCGGAUUUUGAUUGUGAGAUACUAAUUUUGUGAAGUUAUCACCAUUGUGCAAGCAAUCUGGUAUAAUAAGUUAUUGAGAAGAUUUUAAAAUAACAAUUGCGAAAGUCAGACCUUAUUGAAGAUGAAACGAACACAUACUAUUCUGUGACCUUUUUGCAUCCUCAAAGUGUGUCAAUAUGUGUAAUAAAGCAAUGAAUAAAAGACAAAAACAGUAGUUAUACUAAAGCUACCAGUUUUAUUGUUACAAGGUGCCGUAACUUUUACAAUGGGGCCCAAAGGGGCUCCGCCAUAAAAUUAUUUGUAGAUUGUUACCAUCGUAAAACAAUUAAACAAGAUUGAUGACUUUGGCACUUCAAAAACCAACAGCCGAUAAUGGUCCAGGAGCACCAGGUGAUAAGGAGGCCACCGAGCGAUGAAUCGAGGCUGGUCACAAGCAAUGCCUGGUGGAGUCUCAUCAGUAGAUCGCGUCACGGCGCGCUCAGCUAGUGAGGAGCCAAGUAACGAGGCGUGUGAUGUUUGUGCGCAAUGUCAGGCAAGCCCGCGAGUGUGGGCGCGUCGCGAGCGGGCGUGCCGGGCACUCCGCGCGUGGUGGUGUACGUGGCGGACCCGCGCCAGCUAGAGCCCGGCGCCGCGGGCUCCGACCCGCCGCCUUCAGCCGCCCCUGUUGCGCCCUCGGCGCCUGUUGGGGCUGCACCAUCGUUGGAUACCAUCUACAUCCCUGAAAAUAUUCCGCACCAAGUGAAUUUGCCUAGAAACCCAGUUUAUAGAACACAAUUUGACAGAAAUGAUCCAAGAAACUUGCCUGCCAAUAUUUUCUACAAACAGAACGAAAAUGAUAGUAAAGUUAAUGUUUAUGGUAUGCCUGACAAUGUUUCUCAAAGAACAGAAUUCUACCCAAUGUCACAACAAUAUAUCAAAGACACAUGUUUAAAGAAUGAAGAUGGUAGGAGUGACCGAUCAAGUAAUUCUAGUGUGAAACGAGACUGUUCUGAGCCGGGUACUGAAUUUAAUAGUGUUGAAAGUUUUCAUGCGAGAGUACCUGUAGAAACUGUGGAUUUGGCAGCAUAUCAAGCAAGAUGUUCUGGCCCUAUAGGAUCAGAUAGUUCUAUGAAUACUAUGCAUCCAGCUACAGUACGUCAUGGUCAGAAUCAGUACAGUGAGAAUGUAACAGUUCAGAGUAGUGGUGAGGGAUCAAAUUGUAGUGAAAGAGAGUUAUCUGUGUGCAAAAGUUUUGUGAACUAUCAAUUCUUAGAACAGAGUGUAUCUCAUCAAUCUAUAGUGAAUCAAAGUAUAAGUAUACUAAAUCAACAAGUAGGAGUGAGUAGAGGAAUAGUAAGUGAAGGUGAUAGUGGUAGUGCACCCCAGCUGGUGAGAACUGCAGAUGGUGUGGUUCUGGCCGUGCUGCCAGCGCCUGUGCUAUCCCACCCAACAGACAAUCCAGAGCUAAGCUCGAGGACAGUGGUGCAGAGUGAUUCUCAACAAACUGUCACAGUGCCACUAGGUUGGAAGAGAAUUGUUAGUGGAACUUCAGUACUUUAUGUUAGUCCAAGCGGUACGGCAUUGAGUACUCUACCUCAGUUACGAGAUUAUCUUCAGACGGCUGGGACUUGUAAGUGUGGACUUCCAUGUCCAUUGAGGCCCGAAACCGCCUUCAGUUUUGACCCAAAGGUGGCGAGCAAACCGUACCAAGCGGCUUCAGGUGCGGAACUGACAAAGCUUUGCAACCAUAAGCGGAAACUGCUGUCGACGCUACAAGCGCGGGCGCAGUCUCCAGCUACGCCACCACCACAAACCAUGGAACAGAAAAAAGUCCCCGGCCCAGAAGCGCCAACGUUGAAGAAAAAGACGAAGAAACAAAGGGCUGGCUUCCCUGCAAACGCUGGUGUGUCACAACUGAUGGUGCAGAGGGAUCGACCACUCAAUGACUUCAAGGGCCAAGAAACAGAAACCAAUCGUGAAAAUUCAAUGGCGAUGGGUACACAAAGAACAAAUUCUCAACAUUGCAUGCCAUCUUACCAACAAGGCCCACAGAAUGUUUCGAAUACUCCUCAAGAUAAUGAAGUCAAACCCGAGACGCACGUUCAAAAGAGUUCCCACUAUCUCACUGUUAACAGUGGAUGGAUAUCUCAACAUUCGCAACAAAUUGAAGACUUCGAGGCGCAGCUUGCGCAGAGACACAACAUUAACUCGCCUAUAAACUCCCCUCUACCGGGAUUGCCAGUGAGAGGCGCUAACGGGCAAAUCAUUGGUGUCAACACCGGUCAUAAACAAUCAACGCAUUUAAAAAAUAAUCCGACUAUUACUCAAAAUGUGCCUGAACCAGAAGCGAAAGAGGAAAAGAAAGAAAACGUGUCUACUGUACAACAAAAUAUUCAAGGGAAAUUUGCAUAUAAAGAGGAAGAGUCGCAAGUGUUUUGUGGCCUAAACCAAGCUUUAACACCUGAAGUCAUGCAGAAAAUUAAUGAACAACAACAAAUAUUCAUACAGCAAAAUCAAAAACAAAUCGAAAUGGCUAUGAAGGGCUAUAGGACUCAAUUAGCAGAAAACAUAAACCAAAAUAAGUCUCAAAAUCAGUAUGUACCUCAGGGGCAGCUUGUUAUUCAAAAUGGUACCGUGAUGAAAACGAAUCCUGCUAAAACACCUCCUUGGCAAGUCAAGCGAAAUGAAUCUAGUGCGUCAAGUUGUAUGACUAGUCCUAGCCCGAAACUUUCUAAAUCUGAGAAUGAUUAUGAAGAAUCCAAUACUAGCAUAUCUGAAGACUCCUCUUCGUCGUAUAGUUCUUUUUCGAGUAAUGAACAAAUUAACCAAGCCAUGUGUUCUCGCGUGCCGCCGCUACCGCAACACUACAAUAUGAUGGGUCAGCAGUGGCCUGUUGCGGAAACUAAUAAAAAGAAGGCAAAGGGCAAUAGCAAUAAGAGCAGUAAAAAGAAAAGCAACCCUGAGAACAAAGUUCUAACAUUUGGAAGUAAUGGAAUGAGAAUGGUUCAAGACUCGAAAGGGAUGAAUGAUGAAAUGCAAAUGAAUAGUGUGCCAUCGUUCAUGGAUGAUCCUAGCGGGUAUCUGGCACAACAAACUGUUUUGUUAAACAACACGAUAUCUAAACAAGUUGGAAUAAAUUCUUCGUAUGAAAGCAACCAAUACGAAAGUGCCAAUGCUACAAAUUGCUGUGUUGCACAAAAUCAAAUGGACAAAAUGAACAACAUGUCUAAACUUGGCGAAAACUCUUGCACAUACAGAAAUAAUGUGCCAAACCCAUCACAUUCGCCUACCACCACACCCGACAGCAGUGUUCUAUCUGAUAAGUCUGUGGACAAUAUGCCUCAGUGUUGUAAAGGCUGCAAUGUAUCAAUGAAAAAUAAUAGUCCGGACUUUUCUGAUAAUCAGAUACGCCUAAAAUACAUGAAACAUCAAAUGUAUAAAAUGGAGUUGGAAGCUAAUCCUUCGACAUCUAGUCCUAAACAUUCGUUUGAUGACAACCCGGUAACGUCAUCGACGUUUAUUGAAAGGAACCCAAUGUUGAGUGACAACUGUGGGCCCAUCCAGGCCGCGACAGUGAGCACGAGCAACGUGUCGCUGACGGAGACGCUGCAGCCCCCCGAGCCGUCCCCCACCCUGUCCAGUAGCUCGCGGAGCACCGACACGCCGCACAGCAAUGGGAGCAAUGGCUCGCAAAUGCAACCUAAUUGUACAUACCCGAUACCUAGUCCAGCAUAUUCCAACUCGGGUUCUUGUAGAGAUAAUUUAAGUAAUCCUUCAACUCCAGUGAGUAAUCCAGUAUACCCAUAUAAUUCACCCGGGCCUCCUAACAGCAAUAAUCAGUCUAUGACUGGACCUCAAGUCAUGCAUUUCAUAUCAAAUCAUAAUGUCAAUAAAAAUCUCAUGGAAGUUGAUAACAUAUCAAUGGUUGGCGUAAAACCUGGUUUGAAACCAACUCAAGAAUUGUUUAGAUUGGAGCCAAGAAGGAGGAUAGAAAACACGAUGCCUGGAUAUUGUCCACCACCUCACCUGGGCGGCGGGCCCGCUCAUACCUUAAUACAGACUUGUUACAUUCAGACUUUUGUGACCACUAUGGCGAGUGGUUUUUCUGUUACGCGCGACACCGUCACCUCAGUUUUGGCCGGAAAAGCUAACACUGCUACCACGUCUAUAAAUGCGUCUCAAGCUAACUUUAUAAGACCACCGCCUCCACCGAGCGUCAAUCUUGCUACUACUUAUGCCAUUCCAAAUAAUCAACCAGAUCCAUUUAUUAAUUCCGUUAAUUUACCAACAAGUUAUCCAUUACAUAUAGCUGGUACUACAGCACAGAAUAUGAUCUCUAAAUCCCCAUUGGAAAUGGUACAAAAUGUGAUUGGUAGUUUGCCUUCGAAACUUGAAACAAGUGGCACCCAUUCAAUGUCUCUCUCGCAAUUGAAUCGCAGAUCUUGCUCAACAACGCCUGGACAAAUAUUGAUAUCCUCAACGGGCCAGAUAAUGGUAUCUAAUAAUCAAAUGCCACCUCCACCACCUAAAACUUCAACAACAUUGGCGUCAAUACCGGGGACCGUGACAAAUGUAACAACAUCCGUCACACAAGUCGUGCCGGCGGUAGGGGGAAUGCAACCGAUGGUGAAUCAACCAACGGUCGUAGUGAACACAUUGCCAGCGCCAUUUGUGAUCCAGCCGCCCAUGAUGGCUGUGGAUGGACAAGUCAUGCAACAGAACAAUGUACUGCCGCAGAUUGUUACAGGAGGUAUUGUUUCUGGUCAGUCACCAAAUGACAAUUCACGGCAAAUUGACAUGAAGAGUCAACACAGUUUCGUCCAGGGGGUGGCUAUGUUAUCCCCAGAGAGCUUAAAAAAGCGAAGCAAGAAGAAGAAAAACCAAGCAAAUAUUACGAAUGUAUUACAAAUAACUGCUCCGCAACCAAAUCCCAGUAAUAUAAUGGUUCACCAUACUUCACCACAGCAUAAUACUAGUCCCCAAUUCUCGCCACGCGGUUUUCAACUAUCUCCAAAUAAUAACAUAUCACCAACACCCAUGUUGCAAGCAUUGACUAUAGUUCCAGGCAAAUCUGGAACACCAGCUCAUAUAGUUAUGAACGGACAAGGAAACACCAGUAACUUUGGGUCUCAACAAAUAAUUACGAACACUUCUCCGUCGCAACAAAUCAACUUGUUACAACCAGUGAAUCUUAUAAACAACGCGAGUGGUGUGGUGCCCAAUUUCCCGGCGUUUCAACAGUUCAUUGUACCUAACAUCGGUGGAAUGAUGAUGACAGCUGAUGGCACGGCUAUAAUUCCUGAUAACUCUACGGGAAUGCCAGUGCAAUUGCAAUUACAAACUGUUAACGGUCAGAACGUUCUCACUCCAGUCCAAAACCCUGGUGUAUUUGCAGCCAGUACAAACGGUGGAGUUGUAUUAAGGGCUCAGAAUCAACAAGGCAAAAUAAUACAAUCGCAGCAUAGCCCAGGAGCUCAAUUUAUAUCUCCCAAUAGCCAAGUUAUGAUGAACAGCCCAAACUUCAAUGGACAACUAAGUCCCCUGUUAGCUAAUUUGAGUCCUACCAAUGUAGCGUUUAAUAAUCCGCAAGUUCGAACCAGUAAUAUGCAGACGCAAGAGUACAUACAGACUAAUCAAAUGGGACAAGCUUUAAUGGUUCCAUUGUCCCCGAAGCAAGUAUCACUGUCGUCUGCGACAAGUAACCGGGGCAAUUCGACGUUCGUCCAUCAGAAUACAACGAUAGUGCAGCAGCAAACCACUCUAGUGUCGAACUCACACAAUACACAGAUGUCGUCGAUAACCACAAACCUGCAGGGCGGGAAUGCGUCUAGAUUGAGUAUAGACCCGAACAUAUUGCUGUCGAACAAACCGAUGGGUCACCAGAAGGGGCGCGCGCCGGGGUCGUCCCCGGGCGCGGCGGACGAGGCGGGCGCGGAGUACGCGGCGCACGUGCGGCACUCCGUGUCCACGCAGACCCUGCUGGCGCAGCGCGGCAAGUCGCCCAGCGCGCGCCCCGCCGCCUCGCCGCCCGACACCACCACGCACAGUCCCCUGGGCGCGCUGGAGGCAGCCGGCAGUCCGCGCCUGUACGCGGCGCGAUGCCUGUCGACGCAGGCUAACUACGCCGACACUACCACUAAAUCACCCGAACCGGCGGAUGCCAGCUCUUCGGCUAUGGUGCAAUGCGUGUCGAGCAGUGAGCAAGACAUGGCGGAGUCACGGGAGCACACCUGGCCCGUGACACGUAACGACUUCAACUCCGACACAGACACGCAAAGCAUGAUUUCAAACACACCAAUGAUGCGACAAAGUCGUUCGCACAAUCCUGUCGAGUCGACUGACAUGCACUAUAAUCAAAGCAUGAACGCAUCGCUCAUGAACAACCAACAAGUCAUGCCGAUGACUUCCAAUUACUACGAAAGAACUCAAACGUACAAGAGAAAGAAUGAGUUUGGUGACGCGUCCACGUACAGGCCAGAAAAGAUCAUGAGGACACCUAAUUAUAACAUGGUACACGGACUACAAAAGGAUACAGACUAUGAGUCUAUGGGUAUGAGUUCUCCAGAUAAAACACAGCCAAGACAUUUUCCUCUUACUGGCACGAGCUCAGAUUCGUCUUCUCUGCCCAAAGUAUAUGAUAGACAUAAUAUGGGUUCUGGCGAUGAUGGCAGCCGCGGCGGAGACAGGGAGGAGCCGCCGCGCGCGCGCUCGUUCGCGGUGGGGGACGUGGUGUGGGGCCCGGCGCGCGGCCAGCUGUGGCCGGGCGAGCUGCGCGCGCGCCUGCCGGCGGGCCGCUGGGCCGUGCGCUGGUUCGGCGCCGGCGGCACGGCCGCGCUGCGCCCCGAGCGCCUGCUGACGCUGUCCGAGGGCCUGGACCGCCACCACGCCGCGCGGACCAACCUCAGGAAGAGUAGAAAACUGAACACCUUACUCGAGAACGCAAUCCAGGAAGCCAUGGCGGAGCUCGACAAAAAAAGCGAGAGUUCGGGUGAACGGGACGACGGCGCCGAGCCGAGCGUUGACUCCGAAGAAGUGACGGACCCGCCGCGCCGCAGGAAGCCGGACCGCGGCCGGCGAGACAAGGCCAAGCGGCCGGCGGCCAAGCUGGCGCCCAGCGCCGGCGCGGCGGACGGCGCGCCCGCUAGACUGCGCAGCUCGCGAUGAAACACUCGGACCUGCACUGUUAGCGCACUUCUCCGAACUCGGCCCACUUGAAUACUCAGUUUUUACUAACAGCUAUAUCGAACCUGUUGUUGUUGUUUGAAUAGUGUGCUAGUAUCGAAUUGAUUGAUCAAUGCGCUCUUUUACUCGAUGUAGGAAUGUGGUACAGAGUCCGCCUUUUUCAGACGUUAUGUAGAUUUAAAUAUUAUAAAUUUUAAAAUAUAUUAUAUAAUUAUAACGCGAGAUCUUAAGUUUGAGACUGGCUACUUCGGUUCAUGUAGUAUAUCACACAAAACAAAGGUUUAUUUGCAAAAUUACCUUCCAUAACAUCACAACGACAUUAAUUUCACAAUAUUAAUUUAUAGACGUUAGUUAGAACAAUGCUGUUGAGAUUCAUUAUAUUAAAACGUAUGUUUUGUUUUCAGCUUGUAUAUUUAAUAUACCGUUCAGUGAUUAUAUACCAUUCCGUAUUACCUAUCGUAUAAUUGGGAUCACUGUAUAUAAGGUUCGUAAAGUUUGUGUUCGAAACGUGUCAUCUUUGGAUCAAAAUUCCUUGUAGACAUUAGAUGUUCCUAAAAUAUGCAAAUUAUUAUUAUAUUUCCAUUCUAUUGACGAGAUACGCAGUGAUUUAUCACAGUUUGAUAUUAAAUUAUAUAAAUGUGCAUUGUUUAGGUGUUGCAAUCAUGAUUUAAAAUCAUUGUUGUUUCACUUUAUGUGUAUUAGAGUAAGUGAAGGUCGUACUUUAAGUAGGUUUUUCUCGAUAUUAAAGAAAUUAAUGAAAUUCCACACCUGUCAUCGAUGUAUUGUACAAUUUUAGUGAACUGUAAAUUGAUAAGAAAUUAUGCUAUAUAUCUUGUAAAUUUUAUGUGUUUUGUUAGAAAAUAAUAAGUAUAACAUGAUUUCUAGUCAAAAUAUUGAGCAUAUUAAAAUGUAGAUAUUAUAGAUGAGAUAAUUGACAAUAACACUGGCCUGGCGAGUGUCGGCGCGCACCGCGCCGGCAUUGUUUCGGUUGAAUAAUGAAUAAGUACACUACAUAUUAGUUUCGACAUUGUGCUACUUGUUUGCGUUAAUAAUUUUAUACUUUUGUUAAUACUUUAGAAAUAAUAAAUGAUACAAUUAUUUAAAUGCGAAAUACGAAAAGAUUUUGAUAAGAGAAGCAGCAGAUUUUUAUCUAUACAUAUAUGAAUAUUUCAAUGUUGUGGUAGGAAAAAUACAGCAAACCUAUUUAUACAUUUAUAUGCAAAUUAAAUAAAGUAAUCUUUGAUUAUUGUAGGCCUACAUAAUUAUACAAACAUAGUUUUCAUGUUAUGAAUGGCAUUGAACGUUUGCGUUACAUCGACAUUAGGACAUCACAGCGACAUACAUAUGAGCACACGAUUAGAAAUUAGUCUCAUCAUCUCAUUUUUUUCUGUUUAAUUUAUAUAAAUUUAAGAUAUUUCUAAGUGUCGCUUAAUUGAUAAACAAUUUGAUUUGUGGUACAAGGGAGAUUAUUUUAAAUCAUUUCUAAAAUGCUUUUUAAUCACAAUAUUUUUUAGAUAAGAAAAGGUUAAAAAAUCUAGGUAAUGUUAACUAAUAGGUCAUGCCAUGAGUACAUCUUGAUAGACAAUUUGUUAUCAAUAGUCAUUGUUAGAUUUAUCAAUGUGCAAAAUUACUUUAUGUGAUCUUUGGGUGUCCGAUGAAUAUAUCAAUGAAUUAUCAUAGCUUACUGUUUUAUAUACCUAUCGUAUUUUAUCGUAAUUUAGGAAUUCCACUUAAAAUUUUUCCUAAUAAAUAAAUAAAUGUGACUCCAAAUAUCGACAUAGUAUUUAAAUGUUAAAUGGAUAUUGUUUAUUAUAUUAUAGUCUGAUAGCACUUCCCUGUGAGAUGGUAUUAUGUACAUAAUCUUAAUGUAGUUAUGUAUAGUAUUUUAUUUCAAUGAAAUUAAUGUUUUAUAGACUAAUAUACAACAUAAGAUUAUUUAUUUGUUUUGCUGUGUACAUAUUUUUUUCAAUAAAAUGUACCUGUUUUAUUUAAAA